CUAGAAUGUAGUAAGCUCGGUAUUCUAGCUAAAAAUUAUGCGGAAAUUAUAGAUAAAUGUUACGAAAAACAAGAUUUGUUUAAAAAUUUAAUAAAUAUUAAAGAUUUAAUUGUAAAAUUAAUAUCACAACCGCCUUCUCCAUGUAAACAGAUGGUAUAUUUUAUAGAAUCACAAAAAUUAUUGGAAGAAAAAUUAAAAAAGGAGGCAGCACAAAAAGCAGAAGAAUUAAAAUUAGAGCAAGAGCGAAGAGCUGCAGAAUUAAAAAAGGAAGAAGAACAAAGAGCAUUAGAAGCCGAAGAGAAAAUGAAACAAAUGCUAAAAACACCUGAGGUACACCAAGAUAGUUUCAACCAAGGAGCACCCCUAUAUACAGUAGAUCCAGAAAAUUUAAGAGCAUCAAGUGAUUUAGACGUAAAAGGACCUGAUGAGGUAUUAGAUUAUUCAGUAGGAUUAUAUCCUUCAAGAAGGCUCGAAAAUUUAAACGAACAUGUAUCACCACAAAAUUCUGAAUAUCAGUUAGGAGAACAAGUUCAUAAACCAGGGAAUGAACACACAAACACAGAUGGUUCAUUUUUAGGAUCAAUGAGAUUACCAGGUGUUAUUACUGAUGUUUUAGGAUCUGUUGAUCCAGCACCUGUUCUUGGUGUAUCUGGUGGGAUGGGUGUUUUAUUUAUACUUUUUAAGUAUACUCCAUUUGGAUCCUUCUUUGGAGGAAGAAGAAGACGAAUGCAUCAAAUUCCUAGAACUUAUGGAGGAUUUCCACCAGGAGAAUUCCCAAAUUUUCAUGAAUAUGAUGGU